AUGGUAAAAGCUCCUAUUAAAGUAGUAGUUAGGACACGUCCAACUGCUAAUUUUGCAUACAAAAAUAUCUAGAUAAAUGAAUCUUCUAAUUAUGUAGGAAUCAACAUUCCUAAAAAUGCAGAGAGCGGUUACGUUAAUCAUUAACAAGAAAACUGGGGUUUUCACUUUGAUAAAGUUUUGUAAAAUGUUUCUUAGGAAGUUAUGUUUGAUGUUUGUGCCAAAGAUAUUGUUCUUUCGGUCCUUGAAGGUUAUUCAGGUACAAUAAUGUGUUAUGGGCAAACAGGUGCUGGUAAAACAUUUACAACUACUGGUACAACAACUGAUUAUAAAUACAGAGGUCUUAUUCCAAGAUGUAUUUCUUAGCUUUUCCAAGAAGUAGGUUAGAGAUAUGAAUAGCAAAUUACAGUAGGUGUUUCAUAUCUUGAAAUUUAUAAUGAAUUAUUAACUGAUCUCUUAGCAGGUUCUGUCGCUCCAAACGAUUAAACUUAGUAGCUUGCUAUUUAAGAAGACACUAAUGGAAGAGUUCAUGUUAAAAAUUAAAUAAUUAGAUAAUGUAAAACUGAGGAGGAAGCUUAAGCAAUGAUCUUUGAAGGUGAAACUAAUAGAACUAUAUCUGAGCAUAAAUUAAACAAAAACUCAUCACGUUCUCACUGCGUUUUUACAAUUCAUCUUGAAAUUAGAAGUAGAGUUGAGUCUACAGAAAAAGUUAUUAUUUCUAAGCUUCAUUUAGUUGAUUUAGCUGGUUCUGAAAGAACUAAAAAAACAGGAUCUGAAGGAAGAACUUUGUUGGAAGCUUAGUUUAUAAACAAAUCACUCUCAUUUUUAGAAUAAGUUGUUGUUGCAUUAAGUGAAAAGCAAAGAGACCAUAUUCCAUAUAGAUAAUCAAAAUUGACUAAUUUGUUAAAAGACUCUAUUGGUGGUAACUCUAAAACUAUUAUGAUAGCAAAUAUAUGGCCUGAAGCUGACCAUUUGGAAGAGACAAUUUCUACUUUGAAAUUUGCAACAAGAAUGAUGAAAGUAGCAAACGAAGCUACCAUUUAAUUAAAGCUUGAUCCUACUGUGCUUCUAAAAAAGUAUGAAAAGGAAAUAAAGGAAUUAAAGCAAGAACUGGCUAUGCAUGAUACUCUUGCUAAUCGUGGUAGAAUUACUUAUGAUUAAUAUACUCCUGAGUAAUAAUAUGAGUAACAAGUUCUUGCGAAAAAGUUUUUAGAUGGUGAAAUAGAUGAUAUUGAAUUUGAAUCAUUAAGAUAGGUGAAAGAACUGUUUUUCUAAUUUAGAAAUCUCUAUAGAAAUUUGGCAAAAGAUAUAGAAAACAAAAAUUACAUUGAGACCAAGAGAGAUCAAUAGGACACUAUUUAAAAGAAGAAAACCGAUUAAGCCUCUAAAUAAUAAGAAGCUGUGGGUAGUGAAGAAAACAAAAACGGAUUUGGUUUAGGAAAGGCUAGAAAGGAUGCUCGUCCUCAAGCAAAUAUAGAGAACUUAGUAAAUAUACCUAAAGACGAAUUCCCUGAAUAAAAGCCUUAAGAAAACGUCAUAGAAAAGCCUGGAUCUCCAGAAAAAUCUAAGCUUGACAACAAGAUAGUGAAUGUUGAUAAGAAGGUAGCUUAUCAAGACUUCAAAGAUAAAGAAGGCAAAGAAUAUAAUGACAGCAUCGUCAAAAAUAUAGAAGCCUUGAAAGAAAAAAAAGAAGAAAUUAAGUAAGUUACCAACUUAUGCAACGAUAUAAAAAAUGAAAUAGAAAACCUAAAGCUUAAAUUAGAUAAGAAGUAAGCCAAUAAAAAUCAAGAAGAAAUCUUGUAAAGAAUUAUUGAUGAAGAAGAGUAUGAGAUUAUGCAAUAACUAAAAGAGAAAAAGAAUUAUUACAAAUAGUAUGCAUAAUAGGUUAAAGACUUAAAAUCUACUAUUAUAAUAAUCGAUCAAAAUAUAAUUCAUACUAAAAAUGUAUUACUUAACAAAUUUGAAGAAUGGUUCUAAAAGAAAUAUGGAAUCUCUGUAAAUGACAUAGAAAAUCCCCUAAUUAAUUAACCCAGUGAAGAAAAUAUCACAGAUAAUAAAUCUGAAGAUAUUGACCCAGAUGCUCUUGCAUACAUUAAAGCAAAAAAGAAAGUUACAUAGCUACAAAAGGCUCGUAAAAUGGAAAAGUUUAAAAAUUGA